AUGAAGAUUUUCAGUAUUCUACUACUGUGUGCGGUUUCGGUACCUCAUUUGAACGCCAUUCCCGUGGAGCUUGUUCAAAAAAAUAUUCCCGUGGACGUGAUAUAUGAUCAAAUAAUACCGGGGAUUGUUUCGAGAGAACAGAUUCUACAGCAUGGGAGGAGAAAUUUGGAUGAAAGAGUGCAGUUGUCUUCAGAUGAAUUACCACAAGCUUUGAAACAUUUGCCGACCAAACCAGAGAUUUUGGAAAAACUUCAAUUGACAACACAAGAAAAAGAUGGCUCGAAAUUGAAGACUUUAUUAGAGCCCGCGAAAGAAGCUGAAAUCAUCGAAUUAGCUCCGGUGGAAUCAUCGCCAAAGGUUCAAGUGAAUAAUGAAAUUCCAUCUAUAAAAUCUGUAUUGAAUCCAGAAGAUAACCAACAACAAAAAGCAGUCAAAAGUCCAUUGGAUAAUGUUCUCUCCGAAAGUCAAAAGAUAAUUAACGAUGGACUGAAGAAUCUCAAAGAAUCUUUUACACCUGGUAAGGACGAAUUCAGUCCCAGUUCCGAACAGUGGGCUGCGUUAGAAAAGCAAGUUCAUCAAUAUUUCGACGAGCAAAAAAAUGCAUUGGUUAAGCAGACGCAGACUGAAACAGUUGAAGCUGGAAGUACUGCAGCGCCUGCUACACAACCGGGUCAGACCAACUGGUUUCAAAAUCUCGCCACUGGUGUUAGUACUAUUGCCACGAACUUUGUUCAAAACCUGCAAAAUUUCGGUGGGAAUAAUAGUGGAGCAACAGCACCAGUGCAAGGAGACGAAGGAACCCCAGGGCAACAACCAGGAAACCAAGGAUUACAAAAUUUUAUAUCUUUCAUCAAUAAUGGAUUUGGUAACCUAGUUAGUACUAUCUCAGGAACCAACAACCAAGGGCCAACAACUAGCAAUACCAAUUUGAGCGAUUCCGGAAGUGCUAGUGCAACACCAGGUGGACCUGUCGGAUUCUUUGGAUCCGUCAUUAGUAAUUUUCAAAAUGCUUUAGGUAUACAACAAGGCCAAGGAGGAAAUCCAACAGUACAAGGUGAUACUGGUACCCAACAACAAAAUGGUGGACCUGGUCAGAUAUUCCAAUCAGUUGGAUCAGCUAUUUCGAACUUUUUCCAAGGUGGAGCUACAUCGCCAGCUAAUAGUCAAGGUGAUACUGGUACGGCUCCACCUCAAUCGAAUAAUAAUUUUAUUCAAAAUAUCCAAAACGCUUUUUCGAAUCUAAAUCCAUUCAAACCUCAAGGGGGUUUACAAAAUCCACAAAAUCCACCGAAUUCAAUACAAACUGCUAUACAAAAUGCAGGUAAUCAAUUACAACAAUUUGUACCCGGUAAUGGGGGUACCUCGUCCCCCCAACCUAUAGAAAUUGUAUCCCCAGACGAAGUCAAACCAGUAACUGAAGAUGAUAUCAAAAAAGAGAGUAACGUAGCGUAAAUACUUUUCUAUAUGAUUUUUUUUCCGCUU